GGGCGUGGGUCCAUGUGACGUCACUGCCGGCCGGACGCCAUCUUCUGGUUUGCGGCCGGGCUUGGAUGAAGCGGCGGCCGUGGUAAGAGCGUGGGGAAGGGUGGGGUGAGGGGGCGAGGCCGCGGCUAGGGCGGUGAAACUCUCCUCCCCUCGGCCCCACCGCGUGGGACGGCGUGAACGUGGUGUCGGAGGGAUGUCAGCCUUCUCUGAGGCGGCGCUGGAGAAGAAGCUGUCGGAGUUGAGCAACUCGCAGCAGAGCGUGCAGACCUUGUCCCUGUGGCUCAUUCACCACCGUAAACACUCGCGGCCCAUCGUCACCGUGUGGGAGCGGGAGCUGCGGAAAGCCAAACCAAACAGGAAGCUUACUUUUCUCUACCUAGCCAAUGAUGUCAUACAGAACAGCAAGAGGAAGGGGCCAGAGUUUACAAAAGAUUUUGCACCAGUUAUAGUGGAGGCUUUUAAGCAUGUUUCAAGUGAAACUGAUGAAAGUUGUAAGAAGCACCUUGGAAGAGUAUUAUCUAUUUGGGAAGAAAGGUCUGUUUAUGAAAAUGAUGUAUUAGAACAACUUAAACAAGCUCUGUAUGGCGAUAAGAAGCCUAGGAAGCGAACUUAUGAACAGAUAAAGGUGGAUGAAAAUGAAAACUGUUCCUCUCUGGGAUCUCCAAGUGAACCACCACAGACUCUAGAUCUCGUUAGAGCAUUACAAGAUCUAGAAAAUGCAGCCUCAGGCGAUGCAGCAGUUCAUCAGAGGAUAGCUUCUUUACCUGUUGAAGUCCAAGAAGUAUCUCUAUUAGAUAAAAUAACAGAUAAAGAAUCUGGAGAAAGACUUUCCAAAAUGGUAGAGGAUGCGUGUAUGUUGCUGGCAGAUUACAAUGGCAGAUUGGCGGCAGAAAUAGAUGAUAGAAAGCAACUCACUCGAAUGUUAGCAGAUUUUCUUCGUUGUCAAAAGGAAGCCCUUGCAGAGAAAGAGCAUAAAUUGGAAGAGUACAAGCGCAAGCUAGCCAGAGUUUCCCUGGUGCGCAAAGAACUCAGGUCCCGGAUCCAGAGCCUGCCAGACUUAUCUCGAUUGCCCAAUGUCACUGGCAGCCACAUGCACCUGCCGUUUGCGGGAGACAUCUACAGUGAAGAUUGAUGGACCAGCCUCUUUCCAGGUCCCAGGACUUUGCAGGAGAUGGAGACAGUGCAGAGAGCUGUCUGGAGUGGCAAUCUGAACAGAUUCCCGGGCGCUCCUUCUCUCCUUCCAUCACUACAGUAAGUAAAAGGACCAUAGAGGGGAACCAGGAAUCAGAGAAUCAGCUGUGCUCAAUAGCCAACCUCCCUGUCCAGAUGCAGCUAUUUUGGUAUCUCCUCUCACAUGCACUCUGAAUCAGGGUUUUUCUAUAAGAAAUCUUUCAGAAUCAGCAAAAGUGGGGAUGACCCGGGCAUCUUGAUUUGCAAAAUCACAAAACUAAGUUGUCAAUAUUCACUGUAGAUGAGCAACUCAUCUUUUUAAAGUAACUAUACUGAACUGAUUCUGAGAAAUCUUUAGAGAGAAAAAACAGUACAAAUUAACUAAUUGGGAAAGUUAGAAUGUCCUUUCUGAAUUUUUCAUUAAAAAAAUUACAUUAUCUGAAAUAACAUAAAGCUACUAAACUGCUUUGUAUUCUAUUAAGAAAUAGCUCCUAAAGAUGUAGUCUUGUUUCAUAGUUGUUGCACUAUAUCAAAGCUUAAAAUGUAAGCCCAAUUCUUCUCUGUAUAGAAAGGAAACAUUGUGUUACUUAAUGAAUUAUUUAUACAGAGCAUUUGUUGCCAACUGUUGUUCCAGCCAUCCACACAGAAGUCUGUUCUGAGGUGGCAAUAGCACAUGGGAAGAUGAACUUUCCCUGUUUGUUUACCCGUUUUUCUUUGGCUGUAUCUGAUGACAGUAUAAGAUGUUCUUAAUAAAGUUUUAUGUUCUUUUUGAAA